CAGUGACUCUCCCUUGCCUGUGACUUCACGUGUCUGUUUUGUAAAGUUCCUUGAGUCUGAGUCGGUGGGAGUUUCCCAACACCUGACGAACACUGUCUUCGUGGACCGAGCCUUGAUCGUGGUCCCUUUUGCUGAAGUGGACAAGUCAUUUGCAGAGAGCCCCUUCCUUGCUGGCUGAAAGUGGUCCUCUGCUGCCAUCAGGAGAUUAGAAAAAAUAAUGGCACCAGGCUCGCAAGCCCCCUUCUCUCUGUUGUUCUGCAGUAAAACAUUAACUCUUUAUUUUUUCUCUCUGUCCAAGGCAUCUUUAUUUUUUUAUUUUUUGAAUUAGCCACACAACUCUUAUGCAAAAUGAGGGGGUGGUGGGAGAGGGUGCAGGGAAAUCUCAAUUCCUCACAUGGUCAAAGAAUUUCAAAUAUUUUUUUAAUUAACAUGUAUGUUGAUUAGUAGGCAUGCACCAGACUAGGGAUGCCCCGAGCAGAUCCGCUGGUAGAUCAAGACAGUUUUUCGAUUAUUGGUAAUGAUUUUUAAGCUUGAACCAUUUCUGAUCCUCUGUUUAUAUUUGAAGCUUUUGCACUCUGGAUACGCCAGCUGUCUAAAUCUCCCACUGUGCUUGAACCAGUAAACAUUAACAGUGAGUUUCAGUUUAUAUCAACACUGACGGCAUGCAUCCACGAGAAAAUCCACUGUAAGCUAGUUGCUUUGGCUCAAUUUCAGCAACAUUUUCCAGAUGCUGUACACCUAAAAAACUGUUUAAAUGUUGGCAUAUUGUAUAAGUUAUGUUACAUAGCAUACAUGUAGUUUAUUUAUUGCCACGACAAGACCACGCUGACACUCCUUUGUCCAUUGAUAUGACACACAACGCUGAAGGAAACAUUUAAACACCCUUCAUGUACACACAGGUGUCUUCAGUUACUGGCUGAUGAGACAAAAUGUUAGGUUGAAGGUGGGCGGGGCUAAGCUUGGUGUUUGGUUGAUACAAGAUGUCAAUCAGAUCACAGUCUAAAGGUGCACACAGUUCUCAGGAGACGUCUGAUCAGCCACCCAAGUGAAGACGUUACCUGUGUGGGUGUUGAGGAUGUGGCUUUGUUUUUUAUAACGCACACACACCUACCUGCCCUGGGAGACAUUUUCACCUCCCCUCUGCCCUCAGGCAGACGUUAUCGGACAGUUGAAACACACCAGCAGACUGUUGAACAGUUACUACACUGAAUGUUGCACUGAAAUCACACAGCCAGUAAUAUUUAAUAUUUAUACUUACAGCGUGUGCAGUAACUUUAUUCAUUUAUUUGUUUUAUGUGCAAUAAUUGUAACUUAUUCAACGUUAACGGCAUACGUUGGCACUGCGUGUGUGUGUGUGUGUGUGUGUGUGUGUGUGUGUGUGUGUGUGUGUGUGUGUGUGUGUGUGUGUGUGUGUGUGUGUAGAGUAUGAAUGAAUAUCUUAUCCCCUCCAUUAUUACUUUUUUUUAUUAGGUCUGUUCUGUGCAUUAGAUUUUGUUGUAUUGAUUUACAGUGAUAAAAAAGGAAUCUGUUGACCCAACUGGAUCACCGUAUUAAAUGUAAUUUAGCAUGACUGGGCAAAGUGUGCACUGUGCAGCUUCAUUAGAGAUAAAUAUAAACACUGGAUCAGGACUUUGGCGUAAUGCUCAUAUUAAACGCAUCAGAUCAGGGAACAAUGUUCGGGACAUCCCUACACCAGCACAGAGCAUGCAGGAUAGAUGGACUAAUCAGCUGUGCAUGCUAGAAUAGAUGUUGAAGGUGUGUGCCAUCAUCAGCACAGUGACUUUCAGCAGAUGUUGUGGAAGAUGAUUAGCAUAUAAUCUGGUUGUUAAUCAUGAUAAGCGCACAAACUGCCUUUGGCGUUUACUCGCUUCAUGUGCCAAAGCUUGGUUAUUAUUUUUACACUGUGCAUCUGUAUUUCCAAAUUUUUUACUAACACACAAGAGAUAAAAGUAGUUUUAAUAAGCCUCUGCUUGAUGUUGCAGUAAAAUGCUUUUUUUUAUUGACCCUCUCCACACAUGACUCUGAAAGAGUUGAGUGAAUCUCACGUUUAACAGUGGUGUUUCUUUUGUUGUUGUGUUUUACAGUUCUUUUUCCUGGUUCAGCCAGCCCUAUAUACCAGGCCCUGCUGAAAAUGCCACCAACAGUUUUGUCUUCUGCAGCCUUAUCCUGUUUCUCAAGUGUCCUUUCUGUUGUGUGUGUGUGUGCGCGUGUGUGUCUCUCUCUCUCUCCCUCCCCUUUUAAAAUGUCAAAUGUCAGAUUAAAAAAUAGCCUGUUUUCAGAUUGCACCAUGGAUGAUCAUCUCCAUAAGAUUUUCCCUUUGAUUUUACUGUUUGGUUUCUUCAGCUUUGGGCACAUUUUUCUUGAUUUUAUCACAGCUUUUGCUGGCAGUAGUCCCAUAACUGUUUAGUGCAGCUUAUCUUUGACAUUGUUUAGUGUUUCUAGUGACAGACUGUUGGCUAAAACCUAGCAACGCUGUAGCUUGUAAGCAAUAUUUAUCUCGUUGCCAAGUAAGAUUUUAUUUUGCGGUGGGAUUGUACAAAGUAACCACCAACAAAAGCCCAGAAAAGGUAAUAUGUGUGAGCCUUUUCUGUUUCUGUAUUGGUAAUGGUAAUGGAUGGUAAGUGAUGUUGAAUUGUACCCAUGUGUCUACACCCAAAUCAUGAACUUUGUUUUCUGUAUCUCAAUGUUUUUGUGUGCUUUAUAGCGAAGCAGCCGGCACGAGUCGCUUGUUCAUAAAACAUCUAAUGAAAGUUGAGAGCACAUCCCACGGGACAACUGGCUGUGCUUGCUUACGUUUGGUUCAUGACUUAAAAAACAAGUACAGGAGUCAUUCCUGAUGAAUCUAAAGCUAUGUCGCUGCUGGCUCCAGCCAAUGCCGUGGCAGGAAUGAUGCCUGGGGGAGGCCUUCUUCCAACACCCAAUCCUCUGGCAACAAUGGGAGGGACGCCAUUCGGAGGUCUUGGAGCUCCCAACAUGGAGCAAAUGGCUGCCAUGGGAAUGCCGGGCCCUAACAUGAACCCCCAGGCUCUUUCUGCAGACUUCCUGAAGCUCAUGCAGUCCAUGGACCCCAAAUUGAAUCCAUUAGCGGCUGGACUGAACUUGAAUCCAGGGCUGAAGAAUGAUGCCUCCAACAAGGAGAUUGAAGAGGCCAUGAAGAGAGUCCGAGAGGCCCAGUCUCUCAUCUCUGCCGCCAUUGAACCAGGAAAUAAGAAGGAUGACAAGCGCAAACAUUCCCGCUCUCGUUCGCGGUCACGGCGCAGGCGGUCCAGGUCUCGCUCAAGACACAGACGUUCGAAGAGCAGGUCCCGGCGGAGGUCCCAUUCAAGGAGUAGGAGGAGGUCCAAGAGUCCACGGAGGAGGAGGUCCCACUCCAGGGAUAGAGGCCGCCGCAGUAGAUCUAGGGACAGGAGGAAGGAGGAGAAGUCUAAGAAAAGGUCAAAGACGCCCCCCAAGAGCUACAGCAGUGCCAGGAGGUCUCGAAGCAUUAGUCGGAGGCACAGGCGAAGCCGCAGUGCAUCUCGGUCCCCCAGGAGGAGGUUGUCCAGGUCUCCAUCGCCCAGACGUCACAAGAAAGAGAAGAAGAAGGACAAGGAGCGCGAGAAGGAGCGGGACAGAGACAGGAGGGAGGACAGGGACCGCAGCAGAGAUGAAAGAGAACGCUCCACAAGUAAGAAGAAGAAGAGCAAAGACAAGGAACGAGAUCGGGAACGCAAGUCCGACAGUGAGAAAGGAGACGUUAAGUUAUCUCCACAGGUGACCCGGGAUUACGAUGAAGAGGAGCAAGGGUAUGACAGUGAAAAGGAAGGAGAGGAGGAUGACGACGAGAGGAAGAGCGACUCCGACUCUGCCUCAUCCCCCAAAGGCCCGGAGGAGAUGGAGAGAUCUGAGGGCCAGAUCCCCAAAAAGUCCAAACUGAAUGGGGACGACCACCAUCAGGAAGACAUGGAGAUGAGCGAUUAAGAACAUCCCGAACCAGACCGUAUUAUCUUUCCACUAUCCUCUUUUAUAUUUUUAAUAUAGGCCACAACAUGUCUGUGCCUGAUCACGCAAAGUUAAAACAAUUUGUUGUCUUAACUGUAGAAGUGUCGGGGAAGGAGCGGGUGUAGAGGGAAACAGUCAAAUAAUUUUUGUAAAGACAAAAAACAAGGACUAAAAUACGAAUAACAUGAGACAUGGUUUUAAAUUGUCAUUGCUGUACUUUUUUAAGAUCCUGUUGAUUUUUCUUUUUGUUGCCUUUGUGUUGGAACUUUGUCCUCCUGACGGUAGAGUACGCAGCGUUUCACACUACAAUGCUGUCCAUGUAAAUAUUUUACUAGUCGGGGUUGAGUCCUUUCUUUCUUCAGACUGUUAGUCACCCGCCGCCCAGCACCAACCUCAUGGUUAAUGUUUGGUUGCUGAACCAUUUUGCUUUAACUGUAAAUGCACCAAGUCGUGUUUCAGCUGACCUUCCUAUUUACAGCCCUUUGUAAGUGUACACUGUAGAUUGAAAUGUGUUGUUGCGAUGAAAUACAAUAGGUUUUCCAAAGGAAACGAAUAAAAUUGGGUCAAACUGUCAA